AGGGGCUCGUGGAGGCGCACAGACACCGAGCAGGGCGGGUUGAGUCUAUAAGGUUCUCAUGUGUUAUUUAAGAGCGCAGCGGCGCUCGAGCGCUUCAUUACUGAAACCAGACAGUGUUUGAAAGACUGUAGAUCCGAUCCGAGAGAGAUGGCAGAAACCGCUCCAGCCCCGGCUGCUGCCGCCCCGGCCAAAGCGCCCAAGAAGUCAGCUGCGAAAGCCAAGAAAGCAGGUCCAGGCGUCGGUGAGCUCAUCGUCAAAGCUGUGUCCGCAUCCAAGGAGAGGAGCGGCGUGUCCCUCGCCGCCCUGAAGAAAGCCAUCGCCGCCAGCGGCUACGACGUGGAGAAGAACAACUCCCGCGUCAAGAUCGCCAUCAAGAGCCUGGUGACUAAAGGCACCCUGGUGCAGGUCAAAGGGACCGGCGCUUCGGGCUCAUUCAAGCUCAACAAGCAGAAAGCCGAGACCAAGAAGAAGCCGGCCAAGAAAGCGGCUCCUAAAGUGAAGAAGCCCGCGGCCAAGAAACCUGCUGCUGCCAAGAAGCCCAAGAGCGCAGCGGCAAAGAAGCCCGCCGCCAAGAAAUCGCCCAAGAAGGCCAAGAAACCCGCCGCCACAGCCCCUAAGAAGGCGACGAAGAGCCCCAAGAAGGCAAAGAAGCCAGCAGCCGCUAAGAAAGCAGCCAAGAGCCCCAAAAAGGCCAAGGCGGCUAAACCUAAGGCGGCAAAGCCUAAAGCCGCCAAGCCUAAAAAGACAGCGCCCAAAAAGAAAUAAAGUCUUUACUGUUUCUCCUCAACGGCUCUUUUAAGAGCCACCCACCAACUCUGAAUAAAGAGCAAAACUC